AGUCAUCCCGCCGCCAACCUUCAUUGGGUAAUUUUUGGAACCCUAAACCUAGUUUGGAUGCUUUUCAUUGAGUCGUGAGAGUUUGAGGCCUCUGCUUCUCUAUCACUCUGCUGCAUUUGAUGUUUUUUUUUCAAUCCCACCUGUUUCUCCGUCUCAUCUCAUACUCUAUCUGUUUAGUUUGUGAAGAAACUUAAUUCUUUUUAAAGCUAUAGGUUUAGCGGACCGUUAUUGCCGCUGUUUUCACACAACUAUUGAGGUCUUUAUCCGUGGUGGACGGCGCCGAUACUUCGAAAUAGCGGCCCGCGACACUACUGCCCUUCCGUUAUUUGAAAUCCUUUCCACCUCCUUCAGUCUCUCCUCUUUUUCGUCGGAUUCCUGAUGGACGAGAAACUCGAAAAGGCUGAGAAGAAGGUUCUUGUUGAAAUCGUGAAGUUAGUUCAAAAGCGUGGACUGGAAGGCACACAAGGAGGAUGGAAGGAUUUUUUGAGAAGUUACGACAAAAAAUUUGGUGCUUCUUUGAGUGAUCCUUCGAGGCGGACCAAUGAUGUCUUAGUAUCGUUUCUUAAGACAUUUACCAAAGAGGAUGAUUUGAAACUUUUCUCUAUAGUGUUUCAAAGUCUUUCAAAUAGGAACAUAGUGGAACAAUUUAGAAAACAAUCUUGGGACAAUGAAUCCCCUGAGCAGAGUCUUGUUCGUUUAACUCUGGAACACCCUCAAUAUCCGCUUGAUUAUGCAUUCCCGACAGUUGAUGAGGGAUGGAUUGUUACCAAGCCCCCUAAAAGAUCUCGGGCGAUGAAGUCGAAUGCAAUGAUUGCUGUUGAUUGUGAAAUGGUUCUCUGUGAAGAUGGCACUGAAGCAUUGGUGAGAGUUUGUGUUGUAGAUCAUGAUUUACAGGUCAAAAUCGAUGAACAUGUAAAACCAACCAAAGCAGUGGCUGAUUAUCGGUCAGAGAUAACUGGAGUUACAGCAGGAGACUUGAAUGGUGUUACGUGUUCAGUAGCCGACAUACAGAAAUCCAUGAUGAAACUGUUAUCUGGUGGAACUAUUUUAGUGGGACAUAGUUUGCACAAUGAUUUGCAAGUGUUAAAGAUAAACCAUGCAAGAGUGAUCGACACCUCAUAUAUCUUCAAAAUUUUGGAUGUACCUAUCUAUAGAAAACCAUCUUUGAAUAACUUAUGCAAGUCUGUAUUGGGAUAUGAAGUUCGAAAGCCAGGUGCUGCUCAUAAUUGUCUAGAUGAUGCAUGUGCUGCAAUGAAACUGGUUCUUGCUAAGUUAGAGCGUGGCGAAAUCACCCUGGUUCUAGAUGCACCUGAACCGGAAAGGGAGAAGCUACUACUCCACAGAAUACCAGUUAAUGUUCGUAGAGAAGAAAUUUCUAAAGUCAUUCCUGGAGCUGUUGCAAUUGAACCAAAGCCAUCUAAAACUCCUCAAGGUCGGCAUUACUCUGCAUUUGCUGUCUUUGAUAGUCCUCCAGAAGCAAGCAAAGCAUAUGAAAAUAUGGAAGGAGAUGAAGAGAAGGAUUCAUCUGGACUGCCUCAGAAACUAGUUAACUUUCAGUUUGGUAAUGGAAAAACUGCUAGAAUAUACAUCCGAAAAAUGGCACAAGACCAUUCUCAUCGUGAAUUUUCGUCGAACAAAAGAGCAUUGGAUGGCGAGGAGAAAUUGGUCAAAUCUAAAAAGUUGAAGACAGAUGAGGAAACAACACAUGCCAAUUCUGAUACCGAAAUUCCGUCAGAUGAAAGAGCAAAGGAAUCAACCGAAUCCAAAAAAGUGGAGACAGAUGGAAAAAUGGUGGAGGAGAUGAGGGAAAGUACCAAUAAGCUCGAUGAACACUUAAAAGAGAUCGAACGAUUGAAGCAAGAAGUGAAGGAGAAAGAUGCUAAAAUUGUGCUGCAGGAGAAGAUGAUAUCUAACCUUGUAAAGAAGGUUGAUGAAAUGAAGAAGGGUCCUAAAAGAAAGAAAUAGGUUCAACUCAUCGUCAUGGAGUAUUGUUUUUUAUAGUCUCACUUUACAUUGCAAGUGUUGUGUUCAGGUUUGUUUGAGUUGGGAACACCAUGCCUUUUGCCUUUAAAAACGGAUAAUACUUC